GGAACCCCUCGACAUCUUUUGACUUUUAUGGCCUGCUGGUAGGAUCAGCGAGACCCGCACUUUGGUCACUGCGGAAGAAGCUGCGGCCAAGGGCGGAGGGCGGCACUGCGGGAUAUUGAGCGCCUGUCUGGCAUCCGCUCUCCCGAGCCCCAGCCUUUGGGGUCGUUUGCAGAUUCCCCUACCUGGAUCCGGCUGAGUUUGUGGAUCUCGUCGGUUCCCCGCUGCCCAACCUGCUCUGCUUCACCUCCCUCCCGUCCUGUCGCGGGUAGCGGUGUGACAUUGAGACCCAGCCAUUUCCCAGAAGGAGGAGGACAGAAUGCCCAAGUUCAAGGAGACAGUGACCUUCAAGGAUGUGGCUGUGGUCUUCAGUGAGGAGGAGCUGGGGCUGCUGGACUCUGCCCAGAGGAAGCUGUACUGCGACGUGAUGCUGGAGAACUUCAGGAACCUGCUUUCCGUGGGGCAUCAGUUCAUCACACCAGAUAUUUUACCCCAGUUAGAGAGAGAUGAAAAGCUCUGGAUGUUGAAGACGACAACCCGGAGAGGUGACACCUCAGGAGACAAGAAUCCAAAUGAGAUGGAGACUCUUCAAGAAGUAGGCUCAAGGUACCUGCCACAUGAAGAGCCUUUCUGCUCACAAAUGUUGCAACAAGUUACAAGGGAGUUAACCAGAUGUCAAGAGACUAUGGUGAAUAAUCAAGAAACUGGCUCUCAGUUGAAAAAACUAGAUGAUGUACCCUAUGAAGAUGAAGAUUUCAAUAAACACUUUAAUCAGAGUUCACAUCUUCAGGUUCACCACAGAGUCCAUGGUGGUAAAAAAUUUUACAAAGGGGAGGCAUAUAAGAAAGGUUCCGUUUGGGACUCUCAUAUUCAAGUUAACCAGAGAGCCCAUGCAGGAGAAAAGCCCUACAAAUGUGAAAAAUGUGAUAACACCUUCCGUCGCUUUUCAAGUCUUCAAGCCCAUCAGAGAGUGCAUAGUAGAGAGAAACCAUACAAACCUGAUUUAUCAUACAAGGGUUUCAGUCAAAGGUUACAAUUUCACCACCAUCAGAGACUCCUGACAGGAGGGAAUCCAUACAGAUAUGAGGAGUGUAGGAAGACUACUGGGAAAAGCUCACAUUGCCAGGCUCCUCUGAUAGUCAACCCAGGAGAGAAACCCUAUAAAUGUGAGGAGUGUGGGCUUGGCUUCAGUCAGAUCUCAUAUCUUCAAGUUCAUCAGAGGAUCCACACUGGAAAGAAACCUUAUAAAUGUGAAGAGUGUGGAAAGGGCUUCAGUUGGCGUUCACGACUACAGGCCCAUCAACGAAUUCACACUGGGGAGAAACCAUACAAAUGUGAUGCCUGUGGUAAGGGCUUUAGUUAUAGCUCACACCUUAACAUUCAUUGUAGAAUCCACACAGGAGAGAAACCCUACAAAUGUGAGGAGUGUGGGAAAGGCUUCAGUGUAGGUUCACACCUUCAAGCCCAUCAGAUAAGCCACACUGGAGAGAAACCAUACAAAUGUGAGGAAUGUGGGAAAGGCUUCUGUCGGGCCUCAAAUCUUCUGGACCAUCAGAGAGGCCACACAGGAGAGAAACCAUACCAAUGUGAUGCUUGUGGGAAGGGCUUCAGCCGGAGCUCAGAUUUUAACAUUCAUUUUAGAGUCCAUACAGGAGAAAAACCCUAUAAAUGUGAGGAGUGUGGUAAGGGUUUCAGCCAGGCCUCAAAUCUUCUAGCCCAUCAGAGAGGCCACACUGGAGAAAAACCAUACAAAUGUGGUACAUGUGGGAAAGGCUUCAGUCGGAGUUCGGAUCUUAACGUUCAUUUUAGAAUCCACACGGGAGAGAAACCCUAUAAAUGUGAGAAGUGUGGUAAGGCCUUCAGUCAGUUCUCAAGUCUUCAAGUACAUCAGAGAGUCCACACAGGAGAGAAACCGUAUCAGUGUGUAGAGUGUGGGAAGGGCUUCAGUGUGGGGUCACAGCUUCAAGCCCAUCAGAGGUGCCACACUGGAGAGAAACCAUAUCAAUGUGAGGAGUGUGGCAAGGGCUUCUGUCGGGCCUCAAAUUUUCUCGCUCAUCGUGGAGUUCACACAGGAGAAAAACCAUACCGAUGUGAUGUGUGUGGAAAGCGCUUCCGACAGAGAUCCUAUCUUCAAGCCCACCAGAGGGUCCACACUGGGGAGAAACCAUACAAAUGUGAGGAAUGUGGGAAGGUCUUUAGUUGGAGCUCAUACCUUCAGGCCCAUCAGCGAGUUCACACUGGAGAAAAACCAUACAAAUGUGAAGAGUGUGGGAAGGGCUUCAGUUGGAGCUCAAGUCUUAUAAUUCAUCAGCGAGUCCAUGCUGAUGAUGAAAGUGACAAAGACUUCCUUUCAUCAGAGCAUUUAUACAGGAAAUAAACUAUAAAAUAUUGUUUUAGUAUUUCAAGUGGGUGCUUAAAUACUCCAAUGAUGAGUGCUGUCAUAGGAAACAAAAGAUUUGUUUCAUAAAGGGUCAGCAUUUUAAUUAAAGCUUGAUAUAUUGCAGUAGUUGGGAGGUCAUAUAGCAGAGAAACUGUAUAAAAAUUUAGCUAAAUGGAUUUCAUUCCAAACACACAGGUACACAGACAGGAUGCUCAGGAAGGGUGACUCUGACCUGAAAUUAACUAAAAAUACCAAGAUGGAAGUGCCAAAAUCUAUCCCACUAGAAUAUAAGUUCCAAGAGGGUAGGAACUUCUGCCAACUGCCAAAUCUCUGCCUUUUCAGUGCCUAACACAUUAUAUGCUUUCAAUAAUUAUUAUAUGAGCAGAAAGGAGACCAGUCAUAUUUGAAAUUGUUUAUUCAGUUUCUGUAAAAUUGUCCUCAAGAGUGUUGUGUAAGGCUUGGAGGACAUUUAAGUUAGACAAGUGGGCUCAUAUUCCAAACUACAAGUCCUGUGGACUAAUAUUUAUCAAAUUGGAAGUUGCAGCCCAUUAAUGGAUCCAAAAAUCAGCUCAGCGGGUUGUGACCAGCAUUUUUGAACUCUAACACUUUUAUUGAGGUAAGGUUUACAUGCAAUAACAUGCAUAAACCUCAACUUUAUGACUUUCUGAAUUUUGACAAAUGUAUACACAUAUGUAAUAAUCACUAGAUCAGUGUAUUCAAUGUUUCUAUUAAACAGAAAGGUUUCUUAGGCCCAUUUCCAGUCAGUCCCAUGUUCAGUGCCAACAAUAUUGUGAUUUCUAUACUAUACAUUAGAUCUAUUCUUGAACUUCAUAUGGGUUCUAUAUGUACAUUUUUGGGAUAGAUUCUUAGGAUUAUCUUGAUAGAUUCAGAGAGAACAUUUGACAAAAUUCAACAUCCAUUCCAGAUAAAAAUUAGUUAAAAGGUGUAUAUGAAAAUCUUACAAGCUAAUAUCUUUUAAAUUUUUUUAAAUUAAGGAAUUUAUAUAAUUUAUAUAUAUAUGAGGCUGCCUUUAGUAUAUCAUUGAGUUUUGGCAAAUGCUUACUCUCAGGUAACCACCACAAUGAAGACAUUUAACAGUUCUAACGUCCUCUGCCCUGAAAUUCCCCUGUGUACAGUGAGGACUUCUCAUCACCAGCACUUGACAACCACUGAAAUAUUUUGUUUGUAUAGUUUGCCUUUUGCAGUAUGUCAUGAAUGCAGUUUUACAGUAUGUAGCUUGCUCAGUCUCAUUUCUUAGUGUAGUGCUCUUGAGAUUUACUCAUGUUUUAUAUAUAUCAGUCGUUCCUUUAUAAAAAGUUUUGUAGUGCUAGGGAUCAAACCCAGGGCUUUGCACAUGCUUGGUAAGUGCUCUACCACUAAGCUGUGUCCCUGAUCUCAGUCACUCCUUUUUAUUGCUGAUUAGUAUUCUGUUGUAUGGAUGUACCACAUUUAUUUAUUUAUUUACCACUUGACUAUUUGAGUUUUCAGAUUUGGUGAUUAUGUAGAAAGCAACUAUAAACAUUUGUGUAUAGUUUUAUCAAUCCAAGAUUUCAUUUGUCAUAAAUAUCUAGGAUUAUUACUGGAUAGUAUAGUAAGGAUAUGUUUUAUUUUACAAAAAACUGACAACUUUAAAAUGGUUGUCCAUUUCUCACGGAGUCAGUGUUUUUAAUUUUUUUUUUUUUUUGGUACCGGGGAUUGAACUCUGGUCCUUGCGCUUACACAGCAGGCGGCGAAACCACUGAGCUAAA